AUGCUCAAUACACCGAUUCCACCUGAGCAUGCUCACCUAUUUUCACGUGUUUGGAAUAGUGCUGCCAUCCGCAUUGUGGCGGACGGUGGGGCGAACGUUCUUCGCGAAUUUGUUAAGUCAUGGGACACAUUUCAACGGCCGACACUCAUAUGUGGUGAUUUAGAUUCAAUCAGCGCUGAUACGCACAAGUUUUUUGUCGAUCUGGGCGUAUGUGUCAAGCGAAUCGCGUCUCAAGACUCGACAGACCUGCAAAAGUCGAUCCAAGCGUUAGAGCAAAUGGAGGCAGCCAACAGUUGUAAAGCACCAGUUGACUCUACUUUCGUUAUGCGCCAUCCAUUGGUCAUCUAUGGUGGACUUGGCAGUCGCCUUGAUCAGUCCAUGCAUACACUACAUGUGUUGGCGCAGCUCGCACCUGAUGCGUCUUCGUCGGCGGCGGUUCCGUACGUACAAGUACAUACGUCACCACUUCCUGAUAGCACGUUGCAAGCACGGCCCGAAACAAUCCUGAUUGCCAGCAGCUGUGUUUCAUGUUUAUUGCCACCGGUACGUCUACCUCGACUCACUGACGUCGCACCAGGGCACGCAUGA